AUGCCUUACAGUCUAAGACGCCUAUUUGCUACAUUGUUGGUACAUUGUUGUCCUACUAAUCCAAGAGACUUAUGGGAAAGGUUUGAAGAUCCGAUGUCAGAAGACUUUAAGAUUUUGCUAGAUCUUCAAGCAAAACAAAUUCAACAUAACGUUUUGAGCCAUAUUAACGAGAUUUUACAUUCGAUGGGACACAAUAUUAAUGAGUACAAACUUAUUUCUGAAAUUAUGCGGACUUCUAGAGAAGCAAAAGAAGCAAAAGAAGUUCACUUUGAAAGAACAAUUACGGUUUCUGAGGCAGACAUAUUGUUAGAAAAAAAGUUGAACGUUGAACAACGAAGAGCAUACAAUGUAAUUAUUGCCAGAAUAUUUUCAAAUAAAGGGGGAGCCUUCUUUAUUGAUGGUCCUGGAGGAACAGGGAAAACUUUUUUAUAUCGUGCUUUGUUAGCUACCGUGCGAUCUAAAGGAUUCAUUGCACUAGCAACAACAAGCUCAGGUGUUGCAGCUUCUAUCCUUCCUGGAGGACGAACUGCUCAUUCACGUUUUAAAAUCCCUAUUGAUAUUGAUCAAAACUACAGUUGUAACAUUAGUAAACAAAGUUCGCUAGCAUAUUUAAUUCGAGAUGCAAAGCUGAUUGUAUGGGAUGAAGUAUCAAUGGUGAAGAGUAAGAUGAUUGAAGUCUUCGAUUUGCUUUUGAAAAAUAUUAUGGGUACACAUGAACUAUUUGGUGGAAAAGUCGUUGUUUUUGGAGGUGAUUUUAGACAAACCCUUCCUGUAGUUCGAAAUGGAAAAAAGGAAGACUUUAUUCGUGAAAGCUUGUUAUAUUGUAAUAUUUGGAAUCGACUUGAAAAAUUAAAGUUAUCUGAAAAUAUGCGUGCCAAAACUGAUCCUGCCUUUUGUAAAUAUCUGAUGAGAAUUGGAAAUGGAACAGAAAAAGUCAAUUGCCUAACAAAAUUGAAAUUCUAG